CUUCAAUGGAAUAGUACAGUUCAAGAUGGCGCUGUGACGUCGCGUAAAAUAUGAUAAUUUCGCGAAUUAAUUCGGUUUUUUCUAUCUACGUCGUCAAUUAUCACUGCGAGUACCAACCUCAGAAAGUUCGUGAUAUUUUCAGAUUGUUCACUUUAUAUCUCUCGCAAAAAUAGUUCGUUAUUUGAAAAAGUUUUUUCAUAUUUCUUUCUGUGGGCUUCCGAGUGUUCAGAAAAUUUUUUCGUUUAACUAUUGUCAGGUCACUGAAUUAUUAUAUUUAUCGAAAAAACAAUGUUUUCUUUAUUGAUUGUUUCAAUAAUAUAUCUAUAAAAUAGUCUUAUUAAUUGUCACCGAUCGUAUUGAUCCUGUCAGUGGAAUGUGGCAGAAUAGAUUCAGCCGAUAAAUCGUAUUUGACUAGUCAUUUUUUGCUACUUGUACGACAUUAUUGUUAAAAAUUAUAUUCUCUUUAGGAAGUCUGUCAUUAACUUUACAUUACCAUUCAAUUAUGGCAGCACCGUGUGUUUCGUUUCGAAAGAGUGAAUAAUCCGUGGUUUUGUAAAUGACGUUAAUUUUGGAAUAAUCAACGUGCCGAUUGACAAUGGAGAAAUUCGCUGUUGAUCUAGACAAGGUGCUCGACGAAUUUGAAUUCAAUGAAGAUCAAGCAGAACAAAUUGCAUCCGUUGCUCCUGUGGAUGACCAUGUUACUUCAUCGGGUAAUAAAUCCAGUUCACAGAAUUCGGUCUCAAAGUCAUAUGACAAAUCUAUCAAUGACUCGGUAGCAGUAGCUGAUACUGAAUGUGAUGUGUCAUUAUCUUCUGAAAAAUAUAGUGAAAAUCAGGCAAUAAGUAUUGUCAGAAAAACAUCUUAUACUGAAAAUGAGAUUAAACAUAAUGACUUAGACAUUCUUAAAGGAGAGCAACAACCCUUCGAAUUAACUGAUUCAACGAAUCACUUUUACACACAUGACUAUGAGACGGAGAAGGUCCAAGCAAAACAGCCUCUUGACAUCCAUGAUACAGAUCCAGUAUCUUUGACAAUACAUAAUGACAUAUCACAGAAGUUAUUGCAAAAAAGGCAUAAUGAUAAUUCAGCCACGAAGAUACAAAACAGCUAUGAUAAAAAAUUAAAUCAAUCCAAUAUUAAACCCAGUGUCAGCAAUGUGUUUAGUAGUCUCAAUGAGUACAUAAAUGCACCAAGCGCCAGUGUGGAUUAUGUAGACGAUGCAAUAAGUAGUCAAGAUUAUACGGAAGAUAGUGUACCGCAGGAGACUACUGCCACUGUCGAAGCUCCUACGAUAAUCACAGUUAAAAAUGGCAACGUAACUAAAUCUGUUGAUAAAAAAAUCGCAAAAAUCGAAGAGAUAUCCGAUGUUGGCACGAGCGUCAUAAAAAUAACUAACACAGUGCCACCUAAAUAUCAAAACAUACUAUUGCCAGUAAAAUUGGAUACUGUAGUUGCUGAUAAACCGACCGGAUCUGAGGAGGACACGAUAACAGACGAUACACCUUUACCCGAAAGUAUUGAAGCACCAAGUAAGAAUCCUGUUUAUACAAACGUAACUCUACCGGAAGUGGCAGAAAGAACGUCAGUUGACCCCGAAAGUAUAAUAGAUAGGCCAGAGCACGUUUAUGAAAAUGUGUAUAUUGGUACAGACAUUCCAAAGACUCAAGAAUUGUACGCGACUGUCAAUAAAACAAAACCAAAGGAUAAAGAAUCGAGAGACCAAGCGGAAACAAGACAUACUUAUGAAAAUGUUGAUUUUGGUGAACCAAACAAGGUGCUGAGUAAUGAUAAAGAAAAUGUUUACGAAUGUAUUUACAUUGGUAACCGAGAAACUCUGCCUGAAACCACCACAGAAUUAGAAAUUGCAGCAAAGAAGAUGGCAGAUCAUCUUUAUGUAAAUCAGAAAAGUAUAGAGGCGGAAGCUAAGGCGAUUAGUUCAACAAAACUAAUAUUUAAAAACGUACAUCUUAAAGCGCCUCAACCAGAACACAAACCGGUAGGUUUCAGUCACAUUGAUGAUUUAUCUGAAGAGGAAUUAAAUAAAUAUUUAGCAGAACUAGAAGCUGAAGAAAGAGCAGCGGAAGAAAGCGCUUUAUAUGAGAACUCAACGUUACCAGGAGCUGCUGGACUUUACGUAGAUCCAAUUGAGAAUUUCACGCAGAGUAAAUUCCAAAAUCGUCAUGACGACGAAGAUGCGAAUGAGGCGCCGAUUUUCGAGAGCGUCACAAUAGGCGAAUUACCGGAAGUUUCAGAAGAGGAACUUCAACAAAAGGCCAAGAAGUUUCCAGUAAUCGAUUACAGCAAAAGCGGUCCCAGUGGUGAAGUAUCCAGCGAUUUUUUAGCGAAGAAAGGAUUGGAAAAAUUUCACGAACCUGCAAAAGUUAUUUCCGAGGCAAAGGAGAACAAGGAAAAAGAAAGAAAAAGUAAAAGGACCAACGAGAAGAUGGGAAAAACAUCAGACAACACGGAACCUAACGUGAUGAACAGUAACGCUUCCCAAGAAGACGAAAAAAAUGUAGAACCAACCGAAAUCAUAUCAAAAACAAAGGAAACUCAUUUGGAGAAGACUAAUACGGAAUCUCAGAAUGAGAAAAUAUCCGAACAAUCUGAAAGAUUACAUAGCCAAGAUCCUCACGAGAAAUCGUUGACCACUGGUAAUUCGCAACAAACAAAAAUUGCAGAUACCAAUAGUAAUAUUGAAAUUAGCGGCAAAGAACCUUUUUCUAAUUUAACUGAAGAAAAUGUCAUUAUUGAAAAACCAAGCACUGUAUCGAGUAUUAAUCUAGACAAUAAAGAAUCGGCAAGCACUUCGUUAAUUGUUGAAGACAAUAAUAAUAUCGUCCAAGACAACGCAGAAGGAACUACAGAUAACAAUACCGCUGAAGCAGGUACAUCAAAUCCAUCAGAGAAUCUGGAGAUCAAUGGAGAACACGUUGACAGCAGCGAAGAAGAUUCUGACAAACCAUCCCGUCCACAAACAUUGGAUAUCAUUUCAUCCGUUAAUAUGGAUGAACAGCCACCUACUAUUGGAUCUCCAGGUGUUACUCCAGGUGGUCACGAACAAGCUGAUACCGAAGGAGAGGCAACGGAUCAAGGUCAAGGGGGCUCUCCUGAAGCUUCAGAAAAUUCUUCCAUGGAAGCUAAUAUUGUUCUGGGCAAACAACCACCUUUUUGGGUUCCUGAUUGCGUCGCGCCUAAUUGUAUGUUAUGCGACGUUAAAUUUACUGUGAUCAAGAGAAGACAUCAUUGUCGUGCUUGUGGCAAGGUAUUGUGCAGCAAAUGCUGCGGUAUGAAAUACAGACUUGAAUAUCAGGGCAAUGUAGAUUCCCGCGUUUGCCUUCCAUGUUAUCAGCAACUUGUAAAAGCUGAAAAUGAAAAUGGUGGCGGAGACUGGUCCGUUGGCUAUGGUGGCAACGGUGGUGAUGGUAUAAAUUCACCUCAGGGGAGACAGCCUAAUCCAAAUAAUCCGAUGGAGUACUGUUCAACAAUACCACCUUUACAACAGUUAGCUGGUGGACUACCACCAACGCCCACGGUUAUGGUGCCCGUUGGAGUUCUCAAGCGUGAGGGUAGCACGAAGCAACGUCCAGAGGGCCAGAAAUCCGUUAUGUUCAGUGAUGAGCUCGACUCAUCCUGGGACCCGAAGCCCCCCUAUCGAAAGCCAGGGAAUAAACGGCUGCCAACACCGCCAGGACCAUCCUCUACAUCGUCUAUGGGAAAGAAACAGAAUUUACCACCACUGGAUCCAAAUACGAAUAGUUACAUACCUCAGGAUCCAAACGUGCUACCACCGACAGUGACUAUACACAAAGGCCAAAUCACUUAUCACGAUGUCCUUGACCAAACUCGACUUUACAAAUCAUUGGAGAACGAAUGCGAACCUCCAGUCUUAUUUGCAAUUAAUAGAAACCUAUAUGCUUAUGUGAAGAUAACUAAUUUAAAUUGUUGCGUCAACAGAGUAUGUUGGAACGUAACGUCGAGAGGUCUUGCUUGUGUAGGACAAGAUGAAGUGAUAUUAUUGGUAGAAACUUUACCGGAUGAAACACAAAUUCCUAAAGAUCUUCUGAUACAUAUCAAUCAAAUAUAUAUCGAGGCGAUCAAAGGCAAUACCAUAACAGAACUUGGUGUAUCGAUACAUCAAGGUGGGAAUUUCUUAGGAUCGCGAGAACACGCAGGAUUUCUGUUUAUUCGACAAACAUUCCAAUGCUUACAAAAAAUCGUUCUACCUCCUGCGCCAUUUCUCGUAGGUCUUCUCGUUCACAGGUGGGAGACGCCAUGGGCGAAAGUAUUUCCUCUUCGACUUGUUUUACGCUUAGGUGCUGAGUAUCGUUAUUAUCCUUGUCCACUGGUCUCAGUUCGUUUUCGAGAUGCUGUAUAUUAUGAGAUUGGACACACAAUUAUGAAGAUUCUUGCUGACUUCCGCAAUUUCGCUUAUACUCUACCCGGUGUACGUGGGCUGACUAUACAUAUGCAGGAUAGAACAACUGAUGUCAUGUUUCCAAGGAAUCGAUAUGACCAGGUCAUACGUGGUCUGAACAAUUCUAAUGAUCAUGUAUUGGCUUAUGCUGCAAACUUUAGCGUCCUGGCUGACUCGCAUUUGGUUUGCAUGCAGACAAACAAAAGCGAUGAUAGUGACGAGAGUAACUAUCAGACGCAAGCAAUCAAUAUUCACAAUAAACCUAGAAAAGUAACCGGUGCAAGUUUUGUUGUUAUCAAUGGCGCGUUAAAGUCAUCGAUGGGUCUUUCCGCGAAAUCUAGUAUUGUGGAGGAUGGACUCAUGGUUCAGAUAAUGCCAGAAAAAAUGGAAGCCUUGAAAGCGGCCUUGAAAAACAUGCAGGACUUCUCAAUUGGCUGUGGACGACAAGGAGCUCCUGAACCGGAUGAGACUGUUAAUAUCAAAUGGGUAGACAAUGAUGUACAAUUCAAUCUGGGUGUCAAAAGUCCUAUCGAUGGAAAGCCAAUGGAUGGUAUCCCAUCGAUAAGAGUUCAUAACGGAACUGAUCACAUGGGAACAAGCAGAUUUAUCCGAUGGACUGAAGUAUUCAUUAUAAAGUCUGAAGACCAUCCAACUGGCGUUCACGACCCGGUAGACAUAAAUAAACUGUCGGAAAACAUAGCACGUGCGACUUGUGCAGCACUAGUGAAACUGUUGGACCUAUUGGCAACGGCAGGUCUUACGAAACUUGCUGUAAGAACAACCAUACAUCCAGAUAAUGUGGGUUACGAAGCUGGCAGCGAAGGGACGCGAUUGCCACCAAUUUACAUGAAAAGUUUGGACAACGAAUUGAUUCAAGUCCUGCAUAAAGCUGUGCAAAGUAGUCAAGACACGUAUACAGUACUUGAACUAAUAUUUCAUGUAUUAGAUGACUGAAAAUUACUCCAAUUAGAUCUUGUUUCUAAUCGGCGAUGGCUGCAUUCCGCGAAAGAUUCAUUGCUCUUUCUUCGCGUUAGGGUGACGUGCAAUUGUAUUUUGUGAAGAAUGUGAAGAGUUUUCACAAAUUGCAUUCUAGAAUGACAAGUAUACAAAUGGAUAAUUUCUAAUUCAAGGGAAUACGGAAAUAACGUAUCUCUAUAAUAACAACGGAUAUGAAUAUGGAAUAUGAGAAUUUCGUUGAUGAUGAACUCGUUUUUAAAAGUUAAAAAAUGAAGCUCAGAUUUUCGUAUGCAUAUUAUGUAUAUAUUAUGUACUGAGAGAUCUCUUUAGAAUGUUGAAUCUUUUUUUUUUUAUCAUAACGUUCGACGGAUUUUAUGCGAGAACCGUUUGAAUAUCAUGAAUUUUUCUAUUCGAUGUUCGUAAGUGUUCGGUACUUUUCGUACUUGACACUUACGACUACUUGAGAGUUUAUCUUAUGCUGUAUGUUAAACGGCAGCCUGAUAACUAUUGCAAGGAUAUUACACCCAUCAAUAUCUAUAUUAGUUUAAAGAUUUACAUAAAUGGUGAGAAUCUUCAAGGAUUGUUGAGUUUUGUACAUGAGGGAAAUGCCAAAAGCCUUCACGUGCGUGAAAGUCAAAUUGACUGUUUUUAAUGGGAUAUUUUCGAUUGCCAAAGACCUACGGGAUAAAAUCUGAAUGUAAAAUAGGUAUAGUGUAUUCAUGAACUUGCAAUGAGAAUUAUACGGAUGGCAUAGUCAGCCUAAUAUGAAGAAUACUUCAUCAAACAAUGAUCUGUGAAAUCUAUUUGUAAGCGCGUCGCACGUUAUGCUACUAGGAAAAGGUAUUGUAAUAUUAAAAUAACGUGAGGCACGUGUGAGUGUCAAAUAUUAAAGUGAUGGAGUGACGAUAAAUUUGUUAUAUAAUACACAAUCGUUUUUUAUCUGUUUUUUUUUGACAAAUUUAUACUUAUCGUUAAAAUGAAUGAAGUUAAGAAAGAAUCGUUUUUUAAAAUAUCCUCUAAGAUUAUUAUUUUCUUAUUGAGUAAAGUUGCAUAAUAAAUAUAACGUUACUGACAAAUUUAUCGUCAACUUGAAUGGCAGUUCUCCAACAAGUACUUUUGUAUAGCUUGUUUCGUCGCUGUUUAACAAUUUGUAUAAUGCGUUAUCGUACUGUUAACACCUCGAUUAAAUGAUAUUUUAUUGUAUAUUGUUAAUUAAUUUGUGCAAGAACUACGAGAACUCGUGCAACGAUAUUAUUGUCAUUUAUACCAGGAUGGAUGUUCAAUAUUUUACAGCUGUUCAUCUCUUUCAUCAAUCUUUGUCCCGUGAAAAAAAAUACAGUGCAACAAUCGCGUUGAUAGGAUUUUUGAAAAUUUUGAUUGUCAACCGCGUUGCAUGAUUCUUGUUAUUCGGUUCUAUAUGGCUUUUUCAUAACACCAAGAGCACAUACACUAUCGUUGUAUCGUACUCCUAAGUUGUAUUUACGUAAUGUAUAUACGAGCAUAAGUAUAUAAAUUGUACAUACUAAACAUUA